AUGCUAGCCGCGUCAAAGCAAUCCAGAAUGUCUGGAGGACACGAUGCCAACCUUGAAGAUAAACCACACAUCUUCACUUCAAUAUAUCGAGAAAGACGAGUCGUUCUUAUCUCACUUUUUAUAGCCUUCGCCCAAUUCCAAUGGGGAUAUGACUUAUCUGCUGCCUCGGGAUUUCAAAGUAUCCCGGGCUUCCUUGCCGUAUUUGGCUAUGUUGAUCCAGGUACCUCCACGGGGUACAAUUUACGAACAUCAGUCCAGACUCUGAUUCAAAGCUUCAUCCAACUCGGAGGGUUGAUCGCCUGUAUCUUCAUUUUCAAAUUCGGGACUGCGAUUAGUAACAGACAAGGAAUAUGGAUUGGAUCUGUCUUCUCCGUCGUUGCCGCGAUCUUGCAAAUCACCAGUACUAAUCUCGCAGCUCUGUACGUUGGGAGAAUAUUACUUGGUGUAUCGACCGGCUUCUACAUGACAUACUCCGCUACCUAUAUGGGCGAAAUCGCACCGACACAUGUCCGCGGUUCGAUUAUCGGUCUUGCGACUUUCCAAACAUCGUUCGGCUCGUUAAUGGGGGUGCUCGUUGACAAAUUCACCACUAAAUACCACUCUCGGACUUCGUACCAGAUCCCUCUUACGGUGAUAUUAGCCGUGUCUGUGACGCUUGCUUGCGGACUCGUCUUCCUACCCGAAAGUCCACGCCAUUAUAUCAGAAAGAACUCGGAGGAGAAAGCCAAAAUAUCGAUUCGAAUGCUGCGUGGAACACUCAACGAUGCUGAAGUCGCGGCGGAGGUAUUGGAAAUCAAAGAGACAUGGCUCAUGGAAAUGGAGAUGACCGAUUCAGUCCGACUCAUCGAUGCUUUUCGCGCCGGAAACCUGAAACGAACCAUCCUGAGUAUUUGUUGCAGCAUCGGGCAGACAGGGACUGGCGUUGUUUUCUUCACAAGCUUUUCAGUCUACUUCUAUGCGGAUGCCGGUGUAUCAAAUCAAUUCUUGUGGAUCAUCGUUAGUCAAGCAGUUGGUCUCACUGGGUGCAUGGCCGGGUUCUUCAUGAUGAGAUUCGUUGAAAGACGUACACUUCUGGUGGUUUGCUCAACUAUAAACGCCCUCAUCAUGAUUGUCAUCGCAGCUGUCUACACGAGACUCAGCAACAAUUCAUAUACGGCCGCACAAAUCCUGGUUGCAAUGGGGACCCUCUUCAACUGGGUCUAUGGUAUGGGUCAAGGCCCAGUUCUGUGGGCCUUAACGGUGGAGAUACCAGCACAGCAUCUCCGAUCGAAAACUGUCGGUCUUGCGACUGGGGGUAACUAUGUUGUUGGCUGGUUAGCGACUUACUGUACACCCUACUUCAUUAAUCCCUCGGCAAUGAACUGGGGUCCAAAAUAUUGCUAUAUUUGGGGAGCGAGCAAUUUUCUAAUAGCAGUCUGGGCUUGGUUCACCAUCCCAAAUGUGAAUGGUCAAAGCUUGGAAGAGAUCACGAAUUCGAUGACGGCGUUGAAUCCAGGAAGGGAUAAGGGAAGAAAAUCCAGGAGAGAGGAUGCUCAGCAGUUGGCCGAAUUUGAUAAUGACUGA